UUGAAAAUACGCAGCUACUUCAGGAAGCACGCAGCGAGGGGAACGGCGGGAAUUAUCUAUCGUUAGUGAAAAACUUUCCAAAUGGACGUGGAGGAAAAUGAUAAUCUCAAACCAGAAAAGGAUGCAGGCUCAUCCGCAAAGAAGGACGAUAUCGUAUCCAAGGGAGUGGUUGAAGCAUACGAGUUACCAUGGGUAGAGAAAUAUCGACCCCUUAAAUUGGAGGACAUUGUAGGCAACGAAGAAACUGUUAACAGACUAGAGGUUUUUUCCAGACAAGGCAACGUUCCAAACAUUAUAAUUGCUGGGCCUCCUGGUACUGGAAAAACAACCAGCAUUUUAUGCUUAGCCAGAGCACUGCUAGGUCCUGCUAUGAAGGAUGCUGUUCUUGAGCUGAAUGCGUCAAAUGAUAGAGGUAUUGAUGUGGUGAGAAACAAGAUCAAGAUGUUUGCCCAGCAGAAAGUCACUCUCCCCAAAGGACGGCACAAGAUUAUUAUCCUUGAUGAAGCAGACAGCAUGACUGAUGGAGCUCAGCAGGCUCUGAGACGCACUAUGGAGAUCUACUCCAAAACCACACGCUUCGCUCUGGCCUGCAACGCCUCGGACAAGAUUAUAGAGCCGAUUCAGUCACGUUGUGCAGUGCUUCGCUACACAAAGCUACGGGAUGAUCAGAUCAUGAUGCGAUUGCUGGAGGUGGCGGAGAAGGAAAGACUUACUUCCACCAAUGAUGGUCUUGAGGCUAUUAUCUUCACCGCGCAGGGAGACAUGAGACAGGCACUUAACAAUCUGCAGUCAACAAAUUCAGGAUUUGGGUUUAUCAACAGUGAAAAUGUUUUCAAGGUCUGCGAUGAGCCUCACCCUCUGCUUGUUAAAAGUAUGCUGGAGCACUGUGUCGAUGCAAACAUCGAUGGGGCUUACAAGAUCAUAGAGCAGCUUUGGUCUCUGGGUUACUCUCCAGAAGACAUUAUUGGAAACAUCUUCAGAGUGUGUAAGGCUUUCCCGAUGCCUGAGUAUCUGAAACUGGAGUUUAUAAAGGAGAUUGGCUACACACAUAUGAAGGUGGCAGAGGGAGUCAAUUCUCUGCUGCAGAUGGCUGGACUGUUGGGGAGACUCUGUUGUAAGACUACUGCCCCCUAGGCUUGCUAAACGUCCAUUUGACUGGUUCCUUUCCCCUUGGACAUUGUUCUUAGGAGGCCCAGAGAGGUCAUCCUUUCUCUUCUCUUCUCUUUUCCAAUUCUUCUCCUUUUUAGGAAAUAAGGACAAUCUGUGUUGACAUCAUAUCCAACAGAAAUAUUUUAAAUAAAUAAAUAAACAAACAGACAUCAUUUGUUUGCUUUUCUUAUGAGCUACCCCUUUGUCUGUGCAAUGGUUGGGGCGGUAACACCAGAUCAUUGUAUUUAAAGGUUUGAAUUAAUCUUUUAUUAAAACAAAACCUUGCAUUUUCAGAGGUGAACGCAAGUUGUGGUACCAAUGAGUAAAGACUGGACAUUGAACUUAAUAAAGUUAUUGCAUUCUUAGAAGUGUUUAUAAAUGGGUAACUAUGGGGAAAUGGGGGGAAAAGCUGUGAAAAAGU